UAUUAAUUUAACUAAAAUAACUGUGAUCUAGUUUAACUUAAAUAUAUAAACAUUUUAUAUAUAUAUUUUAAAUGGCUUCAAAAAAGUCAAUGAGUUUAGCAAAAGUGAAAGACGAAUUAGUUGAUGGUGUAUACAUCAGACCAUCAAAGAAAAAAAUAAUGACAUCUCAAAUUGUCACUAAUGACGAGUUAACAAAUUUGAUUCAAGAACGUUUGGCUAAUCGACGUACCGGUGAACGAACAGAAUUUGCUAAUCAAUUAGCUAGAAAACUAAUUAAGAAAUUACACGAUCAAGAUGCAAAACUUCGAAAAACUAAUGGUAAAAAAAGAGGUGGAUUGGUUACUCAAAUUAAAGAUGAAAAAAGUGGUCACUUAAAUAUGAAAAUAUGUAAAGAAGAAGUUCUUUCUGAAUCUGAUUUAAUUGAUGAUUUUGAUGCAGAUAAUACUCCUCCUCCUAAAAAACGUGAUCCACCUAAAAUGACUUGUAAAGAAAUGGCAAUGACAAUUAUAAAUUGCAAAAAAAUAUUAGAAGACAAAACAACAUUAGAUAAAAAAGUUGCAAAUAAAUUUACUUGUGCACUCAAGUCAAGAUUAGCUCAUAAAUUAAAAAAAAAACCAAAUGCUUCAAAUAAAUAAUUUAAUAUAUUAUAUUUGUAUGUCUAUCUUAUUUAUUCUGUUCACGGAGUUAUAUACAUUGAAAUUUAAGAAUAUCUUUUUAUGUGUAAAUUAUUUUUAAAAUUGCAACUGUUCAUCUAUAAGGUUUCUACAAUCCUGUAAACAUAAACAGCCCCUGAAAAUAAAAUGUCAUUCCACAUUGAGCUUCUUUGAAGUUGACAAAUCAUUUUCUAGAAAAGCGUGAGUAUUUAUUUAUUAAAACCCAAUUUAUACUAAUUUUAGUUACCAACAACUGCUCUAAGGUAAAUAUGAUACUGGGUGUAGGAAAAUCUUUAGUUUACUAAAAAGUGUUUAUAUUUAUUUUAAUUGUAUCAUAGGUUAAUAUUUAUUCAUUUUUAACAAUAUUAUUAUUGCAUUUUAA